AUGGAUCAACAAAAUCCAAAUCGCUCUUCAACAACUCUAGAAGGCCGUGAAGACGACACCACCUUCGCACCCCUAAACACCCACCAAACAACAAUGAGCCGCAUCCGUCGCUCCCUCUCCCACACCCACACACACUCCCACGAUGGUUCCCAGAAGGAGACCCGCGAUCCAGAUCUAGAUAUCGACCUGCCCUACCGAACCCUCAGCGCCAAUGCCAACCUAGACGAAUAUCGCGUUGAAGUUCCAGGCGGUGCAAUCCCCGGCCCUAUCCAGCCUGAGGAGAUCGCGAGGAAGUCGACAAACCAUGAACCAGGGCAGGAGAGGCGGUAUAAGCUUGUUACUUUCACUCCUGGCGACAAGGAGAAUCCUAAGAACUGGAGCAAGGCUUAUAAGUGGUGGUGCACUAUGUGUGUGGCGCUGACGUGCUUCGUUGUUGCGUUCUGCUCUAGUGUUAUCACUGCUGAUAUCGCGGGAGUGGUCAAGGACCUGAAUGUCAGUAACGAGCUUGCUCUUGUGAGUAUCAGUCUCUUCGUAGUGGGUUUUGGUGUUGGCCCUAUGGUUUUUGCACCUCUUUCGGAGAUUUACGGUCGACGAAUCAUCUAUGGCUCUACUCUUCUUGUAGCUGUCAUCUUCAUUAUUCCUUGUGCCGUGGCAAAGAACAUCGAGACUCUUCUCGUCUGCCGAGCCAUCGAUGGUAUUGCCUUCUCAGCACCCAUGACCCUUGUCGGUGGUACACUCGCCGAUCUGUGGAAGAAUGAAGAGCGUGGUGUUCCCAUGGCUGCAUUCUCUGCUGCUCCCUUCAUCGGCCCUGCUAUUGGUCCUCUUGUCGGUGGCUUCCUCUCUGAUGCCGCUGGUUGGCGAUGGCUCUACUGGAUCCAGCUCAUCCUCGCCUUCGUCGUCUGGGUUCUCAUCACCUUCACCGUCCCAGAGACUUACGCCCCUACUCUUCUCGCCCGCCGAGCUCGUAAGCUUCGAGCUGCCACUGGUGAAACCGACCACGUUACAGAGCAGGAACUGGAUCUUCGACCUCUGUCUGAGCGUCUCCGAAUCUUCCUCAUCCGACCUUUCCAGCUUCUCUUUGGCGAGCUCAUCGUCUUCCUUAUCUCCGUGUACAUGAGUGUCCUGUACGGUCUUCUGUACAUGUUCUUCGUUGCCUUCCCUAUUAUCUACCAGAAGGGCAAGGGUUACUCUGCUGGAAAGACUGGUCUCAUGUUCAUUCCUGUUGCUGUUGGUGUUCUUCUCUCAGCUGCUUGCUCUCCGUGGGUAAACAAUCAUUACAUCUCGCUCGUCAAGAAGCACAAUGGCCAUCCUCCCGCCGAGGUUCGUCUUAUUCCCAUGAUGGCCUCAUGCUGGUUCAUUCCUAUUGGCCUAUUCAUCUUUGCCUGGACUUCAUACAAGGACCUUUCUUGGGCUGGUCCUGCUAUGGGUGGUUUCCCUGUCGGCUUUGGCUUCAUCUUCCUUUACAACUCUGCCAACAACUACCUUGUCGACUCUUAUCAGCAUCAGGCUGCCUCUGCUCUCGCUGCAAAGACUUGCAUCCGAAGCUUCUGGGGCGCUGCAGUUGUUCUCUUCACCGAGCAGAUGUAUGACCGUCUUAACGAUCAAUGGGCCUCAACACUCCUUGCUUUCAUCAGUCUUGCUUGCUGUGCCAUUCCAUUCAUGUUCUGGAAGUACGGCGCCAAGAUCCGUGAGCGUAGCAAGUACGCUUAUGGUGGCGAUGACGAGACUGUCGACGAUAUUGAGAAGGCCAAGGGUCGUGUUGACACUCAUGGCGGCGCUCAAGUCCGUGAUGACUCUGAGGAUGAGGAUCUUCGCCGUGCUCGCAGCUAUGUGAGCAACCCUUAA